AAGCCGAAGAGGGGACAAAUCCCGGCCGCAGCCCCAAGGCCACCUCCCAUCUAAUCCCCACCCCCGGAAGGCCAAUGGAGAAUCAGCGCGGGCGGAGCUGCUCGACCUGCUGGGAGUUGUAGUCGCCUUCCGAGGCCUUGACUUCGUCCAGGGAGUGGCUCGAGCCGCUCCAGACAGACAGAAGAAAGGGACUCUUUUCAGUCUAGAAAAAUGCUCACCCCUUCCUCAGAAUAUUUCCACUGUGAUGAAAAGAGACUGAUGAAGCCUCAGAGAGAAAGGCAACUCUGGGUGGUGAUGCAAUAGUGCAGAAUCCAGAAUGGAUGUCCUCUUUGUAGCCAUCCUUGCUGUGCCACUUAUCCUGGGACAAGAAUAUGAGGAUGAAGAAAGACUGGGAGAGGAUGAAUAUUAUCAGGUGGUCUAUUAUUAUACAGUCACCCCCAGUUAUGAUGACUUUAGUGCAGAUUUCACCAUUGAUUACUCCAUAUUUGAGUCAGAGGACAGGCUGAACAGGUUGGAUAAGGACAUAACAGAAGCAGUAGAGACUACCAUUAGUCUUGAAACAGCACGUGCAGACCAUCCAAAGCCUGUAACUGUGAAACCAGUAACAACGGAACCUCAGAGUCCAGAUCUGAACGAUGCCGUGUCCAGUUUGCGAAGUCCUAUUCCCCUCCUCCUGUCGUGUGCCUUUGUUCAGGCGGGGAUGUAUUUCAUGUAGAAGGUGGGAGAAGGCUGCUAUGACUCUUUGGAUGGGAGUCUGGCAAGAGGAAAUUGGAAGAUAAAAUAAAUAAUAAGUGAAAUAAUCUGGUUA